GUGAGACUACAUAGAAUAUAAUCCACAAAAUAAGUGGACAAUCCUGUAAUUCCAUUGAUUUGCUGAAUUACAGGAUUGUCCAGAUUGGCCACUUUUUUGUUGAGUGCAGAUGAAACCAUGGCAGGAGCUGGCCACUGACCAAAGGUUUUGUCUUGCCUAAUUCAGGCUUGUUGUCAUUUGCUCUUUGCUUCAGCUGACUUGUACAUCCACAAGGAAAUUUGAUUCAAUGCUGCGUGAUCCCUGUAACUCAGAGUGGAAAAUGGGCAAAGAUUUGAGCCUGACUCUGUUCCUGGUGUUGCUUCUCUGUCAUGAAGGCAACACAGAGUCACAAACCUCUUGUCCAUACAGAUGUCAGUGUUUCACUCCAGCCCAAGUGCUGUGUGCAGAGGAAUGGAUGACAUCUCUGCCGAGGAACAUGUCCAAGCAGGUCAAGGACUUUAUUGUAAUGACAUCAGCUGUGGCAUACCUGUUUGCACACACUUUGCAGGAGAGCCCCCAACUCACCAAGCUUGUCUUCUUAAAUAAUGCACUACGGAGUGUUCACGCUCAGGCUUUUGAAGACCUGACUGAGCUGCAGGAGCUGGAGAUUAGUGGAAACCCCUUGCUGGACCAUUUAAUUCUGGGGACUUUUUCAAAGCAGAAAAACUUAAAUAAACUGCUGCUCAACUUCAACAAGUUCAAAACAGUGCUUCCUGGCAUGUUUGACACCCUGAGACAACUAGAAACUCUGCAGAUGAAGGGAAACAUCUUAACUCAUCUGCCUACGCUUCUUUUCCUGAACUUGCACAAUCUACGUGUCCUGGAUUUGUCCCAGAAUAAGCUUGAAGAAGUGAAAAGAGAGACAUUUUCUGGCCUGGCAAGGCUGGAGAUCCUGAAAAUGAACAACAACCUCAUUAGCAAUAUCACAUCUGACACAUUCCACAAUAUCUCUCAGCUGAUAGAGCUUCACUUGGAAGGGAAUAAGAUAUCAGAGCUCACUGAUGGCAUCUUCUCUGCCUUAACUGAGCUAAAGGUGCUGAACCUCCGUGGAAACCAUCUUACAACCUUCAGCGAUGAAGUGUUUGGAUUCAGUGCCUCAAAUUUGCAGGAGCUGAACCUUAGAGGCAACAGACUGAUCGAGCUGUCCUCUCUUAGCCAUUUGACAUCUCUGUCAGACCUUAUUCUGUCCUCUAACCAGCUCUCCAACCUUCCUGAAGACAUUUUUAGAAAUGUUACACAGCUGGAGACUCUGGAUCUCUCUGAAAACCAGCUCACAUUUCUGUCUGAAGGCAUCUUUAGUUAUUUAUUAGCUAUCAAAGUGAUCCACCUCCACAAGAACAGUCUGAGGAAGGUGGGCCCCAAACUGUUUGAGAAUCAGUUGUUCAUGCAGCAGCUCUACCUGUCUGACAACCAGCUGGAAACUCUCCCGCUGGGCCUUUUAGACCCAUUCGUCAUCCAGCACACGGUGAGGCUGCACGGAAACCCCUGGAAAUGCGACUGUCACAUGUGGUACUUACACGACUGGGUGCUGAGAAACAGCCAAGACAUAGAGAUGCUGGACAGGAUGCUCUGCGAGAGUCCUGGCUUUUUGAGAAAACGGACAGUUGUCUCCAUCGACAAGGACCAGCUGGUGUGUCAGGUGUCUAAAGGUGAGAUGCCUGAUCUCAGCAACUGUAGCCUGCAAGCGUCCGGUGACACCUUGGUCGUCAAAUGUAAAGUGGAUAAAUGUUCUCCACUGACAGUGAAGGUGCUGUUUCAGGACAAUGACGGCAAUAUUGAGGAGCAUCUUUUGAAAAAUGAGCCUGAACAUUCUCAAUGUAGCAAUGAUACGAUGACCGAGAGCCCCAUUCUGUAAUUUCCCCCGUUAGUGUGCAAAUCAUCAUGCAUUUGUUGUUUCUUCAUACUAAGAGUCACAUAAUAUGUUCUGAAUGUCAAUACUGUAAACAAACUUCUGCAGCUGAUAACCAGUAUACAUGAAUGCUGCUGAAUGAUAAGAAGGGUGGAUGAACCUUUUUCUUGUAAAGUUCAAAGUUCAACUCAGUACUUUUAAAGUUCCUAUCUCUGCUGACAGGAACUAUGAGGAACAUGUUAAUCAUCUACUAACUCGUAUUUUGACUGUGGUGUGUUUGAUCUCCAGUAGCCUCAGUAACCUGUCAUCUCUAUGUGGCUUCAGUCUUCUUUAUAUCAAGUCUGUUGAAGACUUAAGUUGAAAACAACAAGUGCAGAACAUUUGAGUGUUUCAGUAUGUCCAUUUACAGGCUGUGUAUUUUGCAGUUUGAAAAAAUUGGAGCAACUGUUCAUGUUAGAGGUCAAUAAAGUAUGAUAUUUUCUUCA